AAUGAUGAACACACUUCAACAAGGAAUCCAAGCUGGUGUCGGUGAAGCGACUCGUCUUGCGGGUGUCGCUCAAACAGAAAUCACCAAAGCUGCUCAACAGAAUAAUGUCAAUUCACCAUUACCUUCGGAUUUCUCAAGUGAAGUUGAAAAGGCCAGAAAAAUUCUAAGUGUCUUCACUGAUCCGGAAACUCCUGGCAACACUUUAGAAAAUAUAAUUCCUAAAGAAGUAAUCAAGAAUGCCAAAGGACUAGCGAUCUUCACCAUCUUCAAAGCCGGUAUGUUCUGGGCAGGUCGAGUAGGCUCAGGUGUGGUAGUUGCACGUCUAAAAGACUCUGACGAAUGGUCGUCACCAUCAUGUAUCAGUAUCGGCGGACUCGGUUUCGGAAUGCAAAUGGGAGCCGAUGUUAGCGAUUUCGUGAUAGUCUUGAACACUCCUGAAGCAGUCAAAGCGUUUAGUCGAGACGACAAUGUAACACUUGGCGGAAACCUUUCUGUCACUGCAGGUCCCGUUGCAGUCGGAACUACAGUUUCCGGUACCAUGGUAGAAGGAACUCCGACCGCUCUAUAUUCCUAUAGCAAAAGUAAAGGAUUAUUUGCUGGCAUUAGUGUCGAUGGCACUAUUUUGAGGGAGCGUAAAGAUACCAAUAGAACAUUCUACCAAAAAGAGGUUUCCGCGGAACAAAUUUUGACCGGUGAAGUUGAAGUUCCCGAAGGUCAAAGUAUUAUUAGCGCGUUAAUUGAAACUAUCAAGAAAGCUGAAUAUACUAGUGAAGUUCUUGAGGAAACAGAAGCUAGUGCCACCAUUGGAUAA